GCGUGAUAAAUGGCUUCACCGGCUCCAAAAUCUCCUGAGCAAUCUGACAAGUCUAAGAAAUAUGACAGACAAUUGAGGUUAUGGGGAGAUCAUGGACAAACAGCUUUGGAAAACUGUCAAGUUUGUUUGAUCAAUGCUACUGGUUUAGGAACUGAAAUAUUGAAAUCUCUUGUCCUACCAGGCAUUGGAGGAUUUACAAUUGUAGAUGGGGAAAAAGUUACUGAAGAGGAUCUUGGGAUAAAUUUUUUUUUAGACAUAGAUAGUAUAGGUAAACAAAGGGCACUUGUCGCAACUCAGCUUUUAUUAGAAUUGAAUACGGAUGUCAAAGGAGAUUAUGUUGAUGAAUCUAUUGAGCAGCUUCUCAAAAAUAACCCCAAUUUCUUUUCUAAUUUCUCAGUUGUCAUUGCCACGUCUCUAAAUGAGAGGGCACUUUUACCUUUGUCAGAACUUCUUUGGGAUCUUGGAAUACCAUUGAUAGUAGCAAAAAGCAUUGGUUUUAUUGGUUAUUUACGUAUUCAAUUCCAAGAACACGUUGUUAUCGAAUCUCACCCAGAUUCACAAAAUCCAGAUUUGAGACUAGAUAAGCCAUUUCCUUCAUUAUCACAGUAUGUUGACUCUUUUGAUAUGGACAAAAUGGAACUUAAAGACCAUGCACAUAUUCCAUAUGUUGUACCCCUCUUGAAAGCAUUAAAUGAGUGGAGACAAUACCAUAAUUUGGCUCUUCCAUCAAAUUUUAAAGAAAAAGAAGAAUUGCGGCAAUUGAUUAGAAGAGGGAUUAAAGUUAAUGAAGAUGGGUUACCCGAAGCUGAAGAAAAUUUUGAGGAAGCAAUAAAAGCUGUUAAUUUUGCUGUCACGCCUACAAUAGUCCCUAAUGAUAUUAAAAAAAUAUUAGAGGAUGAUUGUUGCAUUAAUCUCACUUCUAAGAGUAAACCUUUCUGGAUCUUGACUAAAGCAGUUAGAGAUUUUGUUGAGAAUGAAGGUGAAGGUUGUCUUCCUGUGAGAGGAACUCUACCUGAUAUGACUGCUGAUACAAAUAGAUAUAUCGCUCUACAACAAAUAUACUUACAAGAAAGUUUGAGAUGUGCAGAUAUAGUUCACAGGAGAACACAACAGUUACUCCAUCAGUUAGGUCAAAAUACUGAAUUAAUCACUGAAGGUGAUACCAAACUAUUUUGUAAACAUUCCUCUAAUUUAGCUGUAUUUCGUGGCACAAAGAUUGCUGAUGAAUAUGAUCCAAAAUUAGUCAAUGUGUCCAUGAUUUCUCAGGGUGUAGAAGAUCCAGAUAGCCUGAUGGUAUAUUAUGUCAUGUUAAGAGGAUUAGAUCGAUUUAUAUCUGACUACAAUCAUCAGCCAGGAGAAUUUGGUGAUGAACAUGAUAUUGUUAAGUUAAAGGCUUGUAUUUCUAAGUUACUAAAUGAAUGGGGUUGUGGAUCUCUUUCCAAAGAUGAUUAUGUUCAUGAAAUAUUUCGCUAUGGAGGAGCUGAACUUCAUUCCAUAUCAGCAUUCCUAGGUGGAUGUGCAGCACAUGAAGCAAUCAAACUGAUUACAGGGCAGUAUAAACCUCUCCAUAACACAUUUAUUUAUGAUGCUAUAACAUCAAAUACAGAAACAUUUAUUUUUUAAUGUGAUUAGUUUUUUUUUUUUUUUUCCUGUUUCAUUGUUAAUAAACUAUAAAUAUUUUG